AACAAAACCCAAUGCGAAUUGAUAAGAAAAUAUACACAGACAUACGUCAAUAAAUUGGAUGAAAAUGAGCUUAAUGUUGAAACAAUUUCAAAGGCAAGCACUUCUACGAAAGUAAUCAAAAGUGCUACCGGACAAAAUGGCAGGUUGGCAUCACCGAUGCAAAAACAAACAAAACAAAAAAGAGAUAACUUGUUUUUUCGCAUCGCAAAUACAAUUCUUCCUAAACAAAUCAGUCUUAAAUCUGAACUCAGGGAAAUAACAUUGUUAGUCACAAACCUACAUAAAAUCCCCGCCAGCAGAUCAAAACAAAAUGUUAAUAAAUUCAUUCAUGAGUAUAUUUUUGUUUAUGGGAAUGGCGAACGGUGUGCCAUUCAAUAUAAAACCUAAAUGUUUGGAAUCAACUCCGGUGGAUGGACAAUCUUCCCAAGAACAGCAAGGACAAGUAGUUUGCACUGAUAUACAAGAAUUGAAAGAUGUAAACGGACAAAGAAACUGGAAGCAUUUAAUUGUUUUCAACGAAAACAAACAAGCAUUUCAAAUUAAUGACAUCAAUAGCAAUUUUAGUGCUUUGGAAACAUUGGACUUAUCCCAAAUUGGCGAAUUAGAACUCAACGAUGAUGGCUUCAAAGCAAUGCAGAAUCUUUUGUUUUUGAAUAUAUCAGGAACUGGCAUAGAAUCGCUCAGCGGCAUACAUUUUUCCCCCUACAACAAACUGGAAAAUCUCGAUGCUAGUUGGAAUACCUUGACGGAGUUGAGUUUUGACUUAAAAAGCAGAUUACUGUAUUUACAGUAUGGAAACUUUUCACACAAUGCGCUAACGAAAAUCGAGGAAGAUGACUGGAAAGUAUUUCAAAAAUUAAAAUGUCUGCAUUUGGACAACAAUGAAUUGAAAACCGUCAGUUUCCAUGAUUAUCCGCAACUGCAAGUGCUGACUUUAAGUGACAAUCAAAUUGAAGAGCUUACGGUCAAAUCAUUCAGUGGUCUGCAAAGAAUGGAGGAAUUAAACAUAACAUCAAAUCCUUUGCGCCACAUUGGAAAGCACACUUUCAAUAGCAUGACACAAUUAAAAGCUCUAAAUUUAUCUGCGAAUAGUUUGGAACUUCUAGAUGUCGACGUAUUUGCAGGUCUCAAUCGAUUAUUGUGUUUAGAUUUAAAUUCCAACGACCUCAAAGAACUGGCGGAAAACCAAUUUCAAUAUUUAAUUAAACUGCAAUAUUUAGACUUGAGUCGUAAUCGUUUGACGGCCCUUAAUUCGACCGCUUUUAAAUAUCUUUUAUCGUUGAGAAAACUCUAUCUACAUGAGAACGAUUUGAAGGCGUUGACAACGAAUACCUUUGCCUGGUUAACUGCCUUAGAUACCCUGGACUUGUCACAAAAUUCACUAGAAUAUCUGGAUGCCGACUUGUUUGGCUCGUCGACAUUGCCACGCUUGAAGAAACUUAUACUGAAAACGAAUAACAUCAAACGUUUGCAUCCGUUUGCCUUCGCCUCUCUACCAUUCAUCCAGUAUCUUUCGUUGGGCAACAAUGAACUUACCACAUUGGAUGUCCGAAUGUUUGCCCCAAUGCGACGACUGGAUAAAUUACAUUUGGGAAAUAAUCUUUUGGAAGUCAUACCGCCCGAAGUUCUGGACAGUCUAACCGAUGUUGGUGAGUUACUCAUAGACAAUAAUCGCCUUUCUUUUUUGCCCGACACCAAUGCCACCUUUCCGCGACUACGAAAAGUAUAUGAGGGCAAUCCGUGGCAGUCCUGUCUGAACGAAUUGAUGGAGUUUUUGGAAAUACGCCAAAUAAGCUAUGUCCGUGAUCAUAGCCCGUACUACAGUGGAAAGCGGCCGCUGUGUGUUGUCACCUCUGUGGAUGCAUGUGUUAAGGAUAUUAGCUUGGUGAAAGAAUAUGGAAUUGAAGAUAUAUAUAAUACGUCACAAACCUACAUAAAAUCCCCGCCAGCAGAUCAAAACAAAAUGUUAAUAAAUUCAUUCAUGAGUAUAUUUUUGUUUAUGGGAAUGGCGAACGGUGUGCCAUUCAAUAUAAAACCUAAAUGUUUGGAAUCAACUCCGGUGGAUGGACAAUCUUCCCAAGAACAGCAAGGACAAGUAGUUUGCACUGAUAUACAAGAAUUGAAAGAUGUAAACGGACAAAGAAACUGGAAGCAUUUAAUUGUUUUCAACGAAAACAAACAAGCAUUUCAAAUUAAUGACAUCAAUAGCAAUUUUAGUGCUUUGGAAACAUUGGACUUAUCCCAAAUUGGCGAAUUAGAACUCAACGAUGAUGGCUUCAAAGCAAUGCAGAAUCUUUUGUUUUUGAAUAUAUCAGGAACUGGCAUAGAAUCGCUCAGCGGCAUACAUUUUUCCCCCUACAACAAACUGGAAAAUCUCGAUGCUAGUUGGAAUACCUUGACGGAGUUGAGUUUUGACUUAAAAAGCAGAUUACUGUAUUUACAGUAUGGAAACUUUUCACACAAUGCGCUAACGAAAAUCGAGGAAGAUGACUGGAAAGUAUUUCAAAAAUUAAAAUGUCUGCAUUUGGACAACAAUGAAUUGAAAACCGUCAGUUUCCAUGAUUAUCCGCAACUGCAAGUGCUGACUUUAAGUGACAAUCAAAUUGAAGAGCUUACGGUCAAAUCAUUCAGUGGUCUGCAAAGAAUGGAGGAAUUAAACAUAACAUCAAAUCCUUUGCGCCACAUUGGAAAGCACACUUUCAAUAGCAUGACACAAUUAAAAGCUCUAAAUUUAUCUGCGAAUAGUUUGGAACUUCUAGAUGUCGACGUAUUUGCAGGUCUCAAUCGAUUAUUGUGUUUAGAUUUAAAUUCCAACGACCUCAAAGAACUGGCGGAAAACCAAUUUCAAUAUUUAAUUAAACUGCAAUAUUUAGACUUGAGUCGUAAUCGUUUGACGGCCCUUAAUUCGACCGCUUUUAAAUAUCUUUUAUCGUUGAGAAAACUCUAUCUACAUGAGAACGAUUUGAAGGCGUUGACAACGAAUACCUUUGCCUGGUUAACUGCCUUAGAUACCCUGGACUUGUCACAAAAUUCACUAGAAUAUCUGGAUGCCGACUUGUUUGGCUCGUCGACAUUGCCACGCUUGAAGAAACUUAUACUGAAAACGAAUAACAUCAAACGUUUGCAUCCGUUUGCCUUCGCCUCUCUACCAUUCAUCCAGUAUCUUUCGUUGGGCAACAAUGAACUUACCACAUUGGAUGUCCGAAUGUUUGCCCCAAUGCGACGACUGGAUAAAUUACAUUUGGGAAAUAAUCUUUUGGAAGUCAUACCGCCCGAAGUUCUGGACAGUCUAACCGAUGUUGGUGAGUUACUCAUAGACAAUAAUCGCCUUUCUUUUUUGCCCGACACCAAUGCCACCUUUCCGCGACUACGAAAAGUAUCAAUUGAGGGCAAUCCGUGGCAGUGUCCUUGUCUGAACGAAUUGAUGGAGUUUUUGGAAAUACGCCAAAUAAGCUAUGUCCGUGAUCAUAGCCCGUACUACAGUGGAAAGCGGCCGCUGUGUGUUGUCACCUCUGUGGAUGCAUGUGUUAAGGAUAUUAGCUUGGUGAAAGAAUAUGGAAUUGAAGAUAUAUAUAAUACGGCAUAAACCGUAUUGUUUAGUUUUAGUUUCAUGAGAUUAUAUAAGACUACAUAAACUUUGAUAAUGAACAUUUUUUUAAUAAAUAAGUAUUGUAAUCGAUAUUGUUUUUUACGGGCCAAAAAGUCAGUAACUUUUAAAGAGAAGGAGAACUUCCCAGCUGAAGAAUGUUACUAUUGUAUUUUAGAUUUUCUUUUUUUUUUUUGA